UCCUGUCCGGUCGUCUUGCCUAGAAAACUAGGUUAAAGCAGGAAUCUUCUCUGUUGUAAGCUCAGUGCUCCAUCACAGUGAAGUAGAAUACGUGGAGAAGAUGCAUUCGUAACAAAAAAAGAUGCUGAUGGGCUCACUGUUCUGCAAUCAGUGCAAUAAGCAAGGCCCCGGUACCCGAGGGAACAUCCUUCAGGAGCCCGAAAUAGCCCAGGCAGGAGCGCAUCCGUCUCUCAGUUUGAGCAUCUAGGAUUUGAAUUCCCGAUCAGAUAAAGCCACUAACCCAUCUAACAGGCAAGAAGACUGGGAAUACAUCAUUGGAUUCUGCGACCAGAUCAACAAAGAACUUGAAGGGCCACAGAUUGCUGUGAGGCUCCUGGCUCACAAAAUCCAGUCGCCACAGGAAUGGGAGGCAGUCCAAGCCCUGACAGUAGGUGCUGGAAGCUUGCAUGAAGAACUGUGGGAGAAGAUUUCAUAACGAAGUAGGGAAGUUUCGCUUUUUAAACGAGUUAAUAAAAGUUGUGUCUCCAAAGUACCUGGGAGACCGAGUCUCAGAGAAGGUGAAGACCAAAGUCAUUGAAUUGCUGUAUAGCUGGACAGUGGCGUUGCCGGAGGAAUCCAAAAUCAAGGAUGCCUACUACAUGCUGAAGCGACAAGGGAUCGUUAUGUUUGAUCCUGUGAUUCCUGCGGACAGAACCCUGAUUCCUUCUCCACCGCCUCGUCCCAAAAAUCCUGUGUUUGAUGAUGAGGAGAAAUCCAAGCUUCUGGCCAAACUGCUGAAAAGCAAAAACCCGGAUGAUUUACAAGAGGCAAACAAGCUUAUAAAAUCCAUGGUAAAAGAGGAUGAGGCUCGGAUUCAAAAAGUGACCAAACGCAUGCACACGCUGGAGGAAGUAAACAACAACGUGAAGCUGCUGAACGAGAUGUUGGUUCAUUACAGCAAAGAGGACUCGUCAGAGGCCGACAGGGAGCUCAUGAAGGAGCUCUGUGAAAGGUGUGAAACCAAAAGACGGACAUUAUUCAAGCUGGCCAGUGAGACAGAGGAUAACGACAGCAGUUUGGGGGAUAUUCUGCAGGCCAGUGACAAUUUAUCCCGUGUGAUAAAUUCCUAUAAAAAAAUAAUAGAGGGGCAAGCGAUCAAUGGUGAAGUGGAUCUCCCUGGGAUGUCGGUAGUGGAAGGGAGUCACUCCACAAAUAAUCUCAACGCCCUCAUCGACCUCGCUGGACUGGACGUCACCAGCACCCCGCCACCUCCGGCGCCCCCCGCCGCCCUGCCGCCAGCCCCCUCGCUGGCCCCAGCCGAAAUCCCCAUCCUCCCGCCGCCCCCGCAGGCGCUGGUGCAGCUGCGCGGUGGCUCCUCCGGCCACGGGGAACCUGCGCCCGCUCAGCAGAGCAGCGCGGCCAGCUCCCUCUCCUUGCUGGAUGAGGAGCUCCUGUGCUUAGGUCUGAAUGACCCAGCCCCUGCAGCAGUGAAGGACACAUCAGACAACAACCAGUGGAGCAUGUUUGAGAACGAUCAGUUGGACCUGGAUUUCUUUAACCCGAAGAUGGUGACUGUUGCUUGCAACCCUGUAGGAAACCCUCUUCUCCAUCACACAUCACAGACCACAUGUGGGACGUCAGCGACGCUGCCCUCUGCUUUCCCAGCCUCUCAGGCUGCUCCCAGCAUCCCAGCACCAAACUCAGCACCGUUUGUAUUCUCUGCUGGCCCAGCUGCCCCCGCGGGGCCUCCUAAGACUAUUCCAGCUGCUCCUGGAUACUUCAGCUCAUCUGUGGGGAGCAACAUGUCGCAUAAGAUGGAUGCAUUGGGACAACUCCUUGAAGAGGCCAAAGGGACUGCUGCCCAAGGCCUGGGGACACCCUCGGUGUUCCCUGGGGCUGCUUUGCCGACCUCCGUCAGCUCUGCCCCGUUACUGGCAGCUGCAGGGCUGCCGGCCGCUGCCCCCGGAGCCCCUCCUGUUCCUUUCCCCAGCAGCUGCAGUGCUGGCUCCGGGAGUCCUCUGAUCCAGCCGGCAUCGUUCCAGCAGCAAGGCAGCCCCAUGAAAGCACCUGACAUUUCUUUGGCCAAUGUCCAUGUUCCCUUGGAAUCCAUUAAACCCAGCAGUGCCCUCCCGGUGACAGCCUAUGACAAGAACGGCUUCCGGAUCCUCCUGCACUUCGCCAGGGAGUGCCCGCCGGGGCGCUCGGACGUGCUGGUCGUGGUGGUCUCGAUGCUGAACACGGCGCCGCUUCCCGUGAAGAACAUCAUGCUGCAGGCUGCUGUGCCCAAGUCCAUGAAAGUGAAGUUACAACCACCCUCUGGCACAGAGCUGUCCCCGUUCAGUCCCAUCCAGCCGCCCGCCGCCAUCACCCAGGUCAUGCUUCUGGCAAAUCCUACCAAGGAGAAGGUGAGGCUGCGGUACAGACUGACCUUCACCCUGGGAGACCAGCCCAGCACAGAGGUUGGCGAAGUGGAUCAGUUCCCCCCGGUAGAGCAGUGGGGGCAUCUAUGACCUUGGGACAGUGCUAGAGACUGUGACAGGACCAGGGGAGGAUCCCACGGGACUGGAAUGAAUGUGACGUGGGGAGGGACACACGUGCUAUCCACCGGUGACGUUCAGCUUUGUUUACAUGUCCUGACCACUCCGCUUGUAGCUUUAGUCCAGAAUGUUUUCCCCACGUCGAAGGGGUCCUGGGACAUUUAUGCCAAGCGUGAACUGCGUGGCAGCCGGUCACAGGCAGCGCUGGCUGCUUUUAUCUUGACCUUCGGGUGAAUCUGGUUCUAUCUUCCACUCUAUUAAACUUGAAGUUAUUAUAUUUUGAGGGGAGACCUGUCAGCAGGAGGGGGUUUAGUUGCCUUGUUCCUGCGCUGCUGUCCAGAGAUGCCGACAGGCUGGGGGGGCGAUGAUGCUGCCAUGAGCUCCCUCAGCGCAGAGCCCUCCCUGCAGCGUCCCUCCCCAGCGCCAGACGGACCCGCUAAGCAUGUUGAGCAAUAACGAGGGAACGCUUGUGGUUUUUUUACACUGAGAUGGCACUUAGCUCCAGCCCUUCCCCUCCCAAUGGCCAACGUGAGCAGCCCCUCACUCUGUGCUGUGCGACACUGCUGUAUCUUUAGUUGGUUUAUUUAUUUGAUGCUGCUCGCUGUCUCCGUGUUUUAUCCGUUUGGGGCACCUGGGGCUGAGUUUUGUAUGCAAAUGGUUACACUGGUUAUUUUUCUGCCUUCAUUGCAUUCGAUAGUGUGGGGAAAAGAGGAAAUGCGUGGGGAGGAGGUGAGCAGGGCUGGGAAGGAGCGGUCAGUGUUGGUGGAGGACAGCAGCCAGAGCGCAGAGACGUCUUUACAAUCACCAAUCGGGUCCAGUGACCGAAUCCAGGGAUAAGGAGUGAUGACCCUCAGGUCCCCUCACACAGGCAGUAUUGUUAUAGUUGAAUACCGUGUUUUAUUGAGAUGAUGACAUCCAAGAUGUAAAUAAUAGAGCUGUAGGAUGUCUAACUAGAAACAAGCGGACAGGGAAAGGGAAGAAGCUGCGCUGGGCUGUGACAACGCACGUGCUGGGUUUAGUGCUGUUUACUUGUGCCCUCUGUUCAGUGGCUCAGCGUGUCCGUCUCCACAAGCGGGAGGGCAGUUCUGCGCUGAGCCCUCCGGCUGCCGUCGCACAGAAACUUACGUUUAAAUCACCAAAACUUGAUUCCAGCAGCCCCUUCCUUCUCCCUCCCCAUUCCCCAUCUCAAGCAGUGCCUCAGCUAGCUUUGAGACAGGCUAUUUUAAAUGAACGUGGGGUUUUUAACAUCCUUUGACAAAAGCACAGAGCGGGACUUUGGGCACUAAGCUCAGCUUUUCUAACAGUGCUGUCAAGCAGCAGCUCUUACCACACUGUGAGUGGGAGCAGCUGCUAAAGCACUGAGAAAAUCCGUACAGAGCAGACCCUGCCUGUCGUAGGGAAACUCCAGAGAACGUGCUGCUGGAAUUAAUGGCGGCUGUAAAACCCAUUACCGCAAAUGCAGCUUGGAGUUAUUUGUAGCUGAAUUUACUGUGUUGCGAAGUAAAAAAUCACGAGAGGUGAAAAAUUGGGUGGAUUGCAAGGCCUGAGGUCCCGCGGUUGUAGAAGACCUGAAGCUUGGCCAAGGAACUUGCUGUAAACACUUGACCUGAAGCUCAUGAACAGCCCGGCCGGGUCAGCUGCCCGAUGUAGAAGGCAGGUGAGAGGGAUGGGUAAGUUGUUUGGAUCCUUAAAGAAAGUGGUUUUAACUCGAUGGACUAGGAUAGGGGACACAGAGAGAGUUCUUUCUGCCUCAGAUGUGUUCUUGCCGGCCCUUUAGACGCAGCAGGCGUGGGGACGGUGUUGGGUCACGGCAGCGUGUCCUGAGGAAGGGGUUUCGCUGCUUUAGAUGCCUACGUGUGAAUCUCGCUGUGACUUUGAGGAAGGCAGAAGAGCACGCGUGCUUUCUGCAGGACGGCUUUGUUCUCAGUGUUAACGGCAGCCAAACGGAGAGGUGCUGUAGUCUUGCUGCGUGGAAAACGUUGUUAAAAGCUUCGGAAAUUAAACUAUGAAUGUUCCUUGUCUGUAGGGUGAGGUUCCUGCUUCAUACCGAACAGCCAUAACUGUAUAUACAUCUCAAAUGCAUUUGUUCUGCUGCAUGUUCAAUAAAUCGUUUUCCCUACUUUGCGCUGUGGAUGGCCCUCAAACUCAACCCAUCGUCUGUACACCAUCCAAACUAAGCAGAAAUGGAGAAGUUGCUCUUUUCUAAAACCACAGUGGUUUAAAGCUGGGCUUAAUUUCAGUUCUGGGUAUUAGAGCCAAAGCAACUGAAAAAGCCACGGUACUGCUGCCAUUGGUAAUGAGGUUUACAUGACCAGGGAGGGGGCUGCCAGACCAUGUUGGAACAAGCAACCUUAACGUUUUUAUGCAGCUCCUUCUUAAAAGUUAUAUUUACAUUUUUUUAAAGUUACAUUUAUGGAAGACAAGAACAAUUCCCCAAGCAAUAAGCAAAAGAAGACAUUUAUUCAAAAAAAAGCAGGCAGGUUUAUGUACAGUGAGCCACAGAGGAAGAGUAAAGUCACAUCCUGCCAUCUUCAAGAUCCUUCCAAUGUGCCUUCUUUGAUGAUGACUCGUGCGAGAUUUCGUGCAAGAGCCAGUCUCAGCAUCUCCACUUUCAUCGUCUCGACAUCAUCCUCCUGGAAGCGAGCAGAGUUUGGGUCAGGCUGCUGCACACACAACGCCUGGCAGCAGGGUCUCUCUCUGGGUUUGGGAAGCGAGGAUGCAGGUCGUUAGGACGGAGCGCACCUGUGUAUUUACCUGUACAGGGACCUCCUGAGAAGAGGAAAAGCUACAUUUCCUACUUUUUAGCUCAACGCAAGACUGCACUGCCAAGCCUUUUCUUCUUUUGGCAGCUGCGGAGGUUUGCAUGUGGAGAAAUGGCUCCCUGUUCUGCGCCUCGAACGCUUCAGAGCUGGAGCUGUUCGAUGGCAGCUCCUCAGCUUUUCAUUGCCCAAGGAACUUGCAAUUAUUUGUCUUGGAAAAGCAUCACAGUCCAGUCCCAGUCAGACAGACAGUGAGGAGGAGUGAGGAGUUCUCUUCUGCUGGGUUUGCGUACACUGGAAUAUCCCUGGAUGAUGCCCCAUUUGGCCUCCAAAAAGCCUCAGUAGCUCGGGCUCUCCCUCUUUUCUGACCCCACCACCCCAGAAUAUAAAUUUAGAGCUUGCUUUCCCUGCCCCUCCACACAGCCCCACCAGUUCAUUAUCCUGCUGUCCUCAAAACAGGAGCUACCUGGAAUUUCUGCUUAUCCGACUUCCCUGCGGUCAGGUCUUCCAGGCAUCGCAUCAACUCGUAAGUCUGCUCUGCUGAAAAUAUCACCUGUGGAAAUGAAAGUAUUUAUUGAAAACGAUCAAGUUUAAGGACAUCACAGAGUCUGAGAAGAUAACUGAGAGGCAGAGAAUGCUUUCACACUCCCACUGAUCCACUCUGACCCUUUACAUCCCGGGAUCAGAGGAUCAUUCAGGCUGGAAGUGAUUUUGGGAGGUCUCUAGUGCCACCUCCUGCGCAAAGCGGGGUCAGCUGUGAGCUCAGAGCACAUGGGUCUGUCAUUAUUAAUACUAAACUGCUGCGUUCUUGAUGGAUCUUUAAAGCAAACAACUGAGUUUAGAAGGACGCACGCUAGAAAAAUCUUCAAGUACCAGAAGGAACUGGAUUCAGCGUGCGUUUAAAUAAUCAGCACACAUGUAUUCCAGGAAACCAAGUUUAGAGUUGAUUGUCCUCUCCUGGGUCCUGUGUGCGCCCACAGACAGGACAUUUGGGUGGCUGUGCCGUUCCAGAACUGCCGUGAACAGUUCUUCUGCACUGGCAGUGCAAGUCUUAGCCUGGAGGUGCAAACGGGGGGUCACCACUUCCAGAUACCUUGUCAGGAGGAAAGGGAAGGGUGCGGGGGGCUUUGUCGCGUGUCACCGGCUGCUCACCUCUUUCUGCUCCAGCAGGGGAAGGGCGUCUGUCAGCAGCGUCAUCCAGAAGGAGCGGGGAGCGAUGCGAGCCGUCAUCAGCAUCAGAAGCAAGCGGGCAGCUUCCGAGAACCGCUUCUCCCCGUACAGCCGGUGGAACUCUCGGUACUUCCC